GUCUUUACAAUAGUAGUGAUAUCGUUCGGCUUGCUACUCUGGAUGGCACUACUUCUAGCCUAUGGCAACAGAAUCCCUGAUUUUGCUCUAUCAGCCACUCAACAUUUCCUGCCGGUAGAGACUCUGUAUGAUGACUGGACGCUUAGAACUUCUUGUACAGCACUAUCUCUAGCCAUACUUGUGGUUUUCAUGACUUACAUCUACUUGGUUUUCGCAGAUUACUACGUCUUCUUGAAAGAACGGGAAGAAGCAUUCUUGAAUGACAGUGAUCACUCAAUGCAAUACACACCAGUGUCACCCCAUGAUAUUUAG